UCCUGAAACGUGUCUGCAGUGUGCAGGAGUACACUGGAGUCAUGGAGUACACUGUUGAACAGCGAGUGUGUCUUGUGCCCACGUACUGGGUGACAGGCUCAAUUGUGAACACACAAUUGGAAUUCAGGAGGAAGUUUGGAGUGUGCAAGAAGCCAGCAAAAUUGACUAUAGAGUCCUUGGCUCAAAAAUUGGAAAGGACAGGGACACUUUUAAGUGAACGUGGUAAAAACCGUCCAGAAAUGCCGGAAGAAACGAUUGCAGUUGUGCGGGACAGGUUACUGUAGUCUCCCAAGAAAUCAUUACAACAUCUAAGCCAGGAAACCGGGUAUUCUUAUUCAACGUGUCAGUGGGCUGCAAAGAAAGCAAAUCUUCAUCCCUACAAGAUCACCAGUGUUGGGGAAUUGGGUGAUAUUGAUAAAGAUAAAUGGGUACGGUACUGUUUAUGGUUUCAGGAAUCUGUGCACGAUAACAGAAUUUUUAGAUAUCACUUGGUUUAGUGAUGAAGCAUGAUCCACCUGUCAGGAUAUGUAAAUGCACAAAAUUCCAGGUUCUGGGCAUCUGAAAACCCACAUGAGAUUGCUGAAUCACCACUACACCCACAAAAAGUGGGUGUGUGGUGCGCCAUUUCUGGUUUACGAAUCAUUGGACCGAUCUUCGACACGACCGUAGACAGCACCUGUAUUUUUUAUGAUUUCUUGCUGCAUGAUGUGGAACUUACACAGGGUUAUUUUCAGCAGGAUUCAGCAAUGUGCCACAUGUCCAACAUGUCCAUGGAACUGAUUGAGAGCUUCUUCCCUGAUCACGUCAUCUCUAAAAAAAUGUGGCCCCCAAAAUCCCCUGACCUUACCAGUCCGGAUUUUUUUCUCUGGGGUUUACUGAAGGACAGGGUGCAUGCAAACAAACCGCAUACAUUACAGGAUUUAAAGGACAACAUUUCAGCUGAAAUCAGGAGCAUCACUGAAGAAACACUGCAGCGAGUCAUGGCGAAUAUGCAAAUGCGGGUGGAGACGUGUNAUCUUGAAUAUUUCAGAACACCAAAACAUUAA